UCAUACUUGACCCGCACGCUUUGUUGAGCACUCUUGUGUGGCGUCGCGUCGUUUGCCGUAUAUUGUUAUACAUCCUCCACUGAACGAUGAUGGGGAUUUUAUUUCUGGAAUACUUACUAUCAAAACAAGGAAUUCUGAAGGUCGCUCAGCUCGUGAUUCUUCUUGUAGCGUUCGCUUGUGUUCGCUCCACGUGGUACACCAGUUUCUACGCUUACGGUUUCUUUGAAGGGGUCACGCUCGGUUACUCCAUCACGGUCGCCGUUUUUCUAUUCCUGACUGUAUUUGGGGUUCCGAAAAGGGCACCAUUUGUAAACUGGACGAUAGCCGAGUUUGUGCUUGAUACACUGGGAUUCAUCUUCAUCUCCACUGGUUCCAUUGUAGCUGCUGUGAAGUCUUAUGACACCCCCAUUCUGGUUGCCGCCUCAGUGUGUGGUCUUCUGGCCUCAUAUCUCUCAGUUGUAAGUGUGGUACUUUCAUUUGUUGCUGCUCGCCGCUCUCAACCUGAGGAUCCACCAAUAUAAAAACAUUGUCUUGAUAUUUAUAGUCUAACUGCCCUCAACACAGGAGAGCAUGGAUGGGGAAUUGAUAAAGGGUACGGUUGUUUUAGUAAAUUUACAUGGAAUAGAAUAUCACUUAUUGGACACAUGGCUUAUUGCAGUCAGAUGGUUUUAAUACUAUAAUUACUAUAUAAUAUUUAAUAUUAUAAUACCCUAUCAAUAAUUCA